GUUUGGAGCAGCAUUAUUCGAUCACCAUAUCGUUCUUCUCCGUUAAGGUUAUUUCUGCUUCUAGCAUUGCGCACCAAGCUCAAAAAAGAAGAUGCCUGCGAGUGUUGGAACCGGGAAUGGGAACAUUCAAAUUCGUGACGAGGAAGAAAUUAGUGGUCCAACGGUGAAGGCUCAAACGAUUGAUGAGCUUCACUCGUUGCAGAAGAAGAAGUCUGCACCUAGCACUCCCAGGGGGGCUCAGCCUACUGCCUUUAGUACCAUGUCUGAGGAAGAACGCAGCAAACAGCAGCUAGAAUCCAUCAGUGCAUCUUUGGCGUCUCUAACAAGAGAAAGUGGACCAAAGGUAGUAAAAGGCGAUCCUGCAAGCAGGUACGAAGGUUCAAGGGUCGCACACGUGUCACACCCACUUGUGACACCCACCAUCGCUGUCAGUGACAGUGCUUUGAAGUUCACACAUGUUCUCUAUAACCUCUCCCCCGCAGAACUUUAUGAACAAGCGAUUAAGUAUGAGAAAGGAUCGUUCAUCACUGCGACUGGGGCAUUGGCUACGCUUUCUGGGGCCAAGACUGGUCGGUGUCCUAGAGACAAGCGUGUGGUGAAGGAUGAACUUACUGAGAAUGAGCUUUGGUGGGGAAAGGGUUCUCCUAACAUCGAGAUGGACGAGCACAGUUUCAUGGUGAAUAGAGAAAGAGCCGUUGAUUAUUUGAACUCUUUGGAUAAGGUCUUCGUGAAUGACCAAUUCUUGAACUGGGACCCAGAGAACAAAAUCAAAGUCAGGAUUGUCUCUGCUAGAGCUUACCAUUCCUUGUUUAUGCACAACAUGUGCAUUCGGCCCACUCUUGAAGAGAUUGAGAGUUUUGGUACACCAGAUUUCACUAUUUACAAUGCAGGACAGUUUCCUUGCAAUCGUUACACUCACUACAUGACAUCCUCCACUAGCGUUGAUAUUAGUCUUGCAAGGAAGGAAAUGGUCAUUCUUGGAACACAGUAUGCAGGAGAAAUGAAGAAGGGUCUCUUCAGUCUCAUGCAUUAUCUCAUGCCUAAGCGCCAAAUCCUCUCCCUACACUCUGGCUGCAAUAUGGGCAAAGAAGGAGAUGUUGCUCUCUUUUUUGGCCUCUCAGGUACUGGAAAGACCACUCUGUCCACGGAUCAUAAUAGGUUUUUAAUUGGAGAUGAUGAACACUGUUGGAGUGGGAGCGGUGUCUCAAACAUUGAAGGUGGUUGCUACGCCAAAUGCAUUGAUCUCUCUAGGGAGAAAGAACCUGACAUCUGGAACGCCAUCAAAUUUGGCACAGUCUUGGAGAAUGUUGUUUUUGGGGAGCAUGAUCGAGUAGUGGAUUACACUGACAAAUCAGUUACAGAAAAUACUCGUGCAGCUUAUCCAAUUGAAUACAUUCCAAAUGUUAAGUUACCAUGUGUUGGUCCUCACCCUAAGAAUGUGAUCCUUUUGGCAUGUGAUGCAUUUGGUGUGCUUCCACCUGUGAGUAAGUUAAGCCUGUCGCAGACCAUGUACCAUUUCAUCAGUGGAUACACAGCUUUGGUGGCUGGCACAGAGGAGGGUAUAAAGGAGCCACAGGCAACAUUUUCAGCUUGUUUUGGUGCAGCAUUUAUAAUGCUUCACCCCACAAAGUACGCAGCCAUGCUUGCUGAAAAGAUGCAGAAACAUGGUGCUACUGGAUGGCUUGUUAACACGGGAUGGUCUGGUGGAAGUUAUGGUUCUGGAAGUCGUAUUAAGCUAUCUUUUACAAGAAAAAUAAUUGAUGCUAUUCACUCUGGAAGCCUCAUGAAGGCAAAAUACAAGAAGACUGAGAUUUUUGGACUUGAGAUCCCCACUGAAGUGGAGGGUGUUCCCUCGGAAAUUCUAGACCCUGAGAACACGUGGUCAGACAAAGGUGCCUACAAGGAGACACUGUUGAAGCUGGCUGGAUUGUUCAAGAACAAUUUUGAGACCUUCACCAACUACAAGAUUGGAGAGAACAACAAACUGACAGAGGAGAUUCUUGCUGCUGGUCCAAUCAUAGCUAAUGCUUAAUUAGGAGAUGGGGACCCUCUUUACUUUGCUAAUUUCUUUUGGUUUUGCAUUCUUGUUGGUUACUUGGAUUUGAAGGAAAGACAAUAUUUUUGAACAACAUAGCCAUCAUGCCUUUAAACAUCGAAGAAAGAUUUCAAGUCUUUUUUGCUACUUGCCAAUGAAGCCGUCUUGUUCUUAUUUCUUUGGCAGAGAAGUUACGAGGGAGAUGAGAAGACCAAGGCAUGCUAUAAAACCUGUGGCUGUUUAAAAUAUGAUUCCAUUUUUGAAAGCACCAGUUACAUUCAUACAUGUGUUUGUAUUGCUUUCCAGAAUAGAACCACCUACGAGUAUUGUCUUUAGACAUUGAACUUAUUAAUUUAAAGCACUCCUACAGUUUUUCUUGCUUCCACUACUCUAA